UUCUUUUUUUUUUGUAAUAAAAAAAUCACAGUGUCUUUCUCCUUCUUCUUCCACUGUACUGUACAGUCGUCGUUUAGCUGAUUUACAUCUGUCUCCUUUCUUUCCCCUUUCUCGUAACUUGUCGAUUAUUGCUCUAAUGUACACUCUUCUUCUCUGCUUUUCUUAAAAAAGAGAUUCUUCCUUCUUCUUCUUCCUCCUCCUCACGAGCUCCAAAAGCUGAUACACUUUCUUUUUUUUUCUUACAGAAUCAUAAUUCAAAGAAAGCAUUUUAUUUCCUUUAUCUUAAGCUUGACCUCAGAUUCUAUCACCAUGUCGAGGAGAAUGAUUGUUCUUCUCCGGUGAAGUUAUGGAAUACGAGACAUUUAUCUGUGUGGUUCCAUCUCUCUGAGCUUUUUGUCGGUCGUUAGGGUUUUCGUGGGUAAUGACGGGUGAGUUACAGGAGACGACGGCGCCGCUGUGUGGGGCCAUAACUGAGAAACGGCCAAGCCGACUCAGCGGUUGCGUCGGCGUUUUCUUCCAGCUCUUCGAUUGGAACCGACGCUUCGCUAAAAAGAAGCUCUUCUCUCGCAAAUCACUUCUUCCUGGGAAACAAGCUUCUAAGAGGUUUGGUGGGAAUGAGAAACUCCUCAAAUCUAAGCUUAACUUGAUUGAUGAUGAGAACAGAGGAAGUUUCCCUAACCGAGGUGAAGUUGUGGAGUUUAAGAAGCAUCAUGAGAUGAGGCCUCCUAGUUUGGUAGCACGUUUGAUGGGUCUUGAAUCAAUACCAUCUAACCACAGAGACAAAGGGAAGAAGAAGAAGAAGAAACCAUCACACAAAAGCCAUCUGUCUGAUGAGGAAGAAGAAGAAGAAGAUAAUGGUUUGGACAAGUCUAGGCCACAGAAGAUGCAGAGAACAACAACAGGAGGAGUUUGUGAUAGGCGUGUUAUGGUGAAGAAGUUUGGAUCAGACGCCAUGCAGAUCAAGAACGUUUUGACCAGAGCGAGGAAACAUCAUCAUCAACACCAGAAUCUGGCUGUUCCUGUUAAGAGUCCUAGGCUUCAAAGACGUAACUCUAGGUUGAUCAACGCUGCUGCUAGGAUUCUGGAACCGGGAAAGAGAAAUGCUAUAGCUUAUCCAAGCUCUUCCAGGACUAUAAGGUGUGGAAACGAGGCGGUUGAAGCUGUUGAUUACAACAACAAGAGUGUUGCUUCUUGUAAAGCCUGUGGUAGCCUUGUAGCUGAAGAGAGUGGAAAGAAGAACAUGGUUUGUGUUUCUGAAUCAACUCCCUUUGAGAGGAGUAAAAGAAGUGUGUUUUGGAGACAUCAAGAACCACCAUCUGUGCCUGUCUUUUCUGGUAAAGGCAGUGGAUGUAUAGAUCAGAUUGAGAGGAAGGCUCUACACCGUGCUCGGUUCGACUUCAAUGGGAAGCAAGGUGUUGUAAACCGAUCUGAUUUUCACAGUCAGCAGGCAAGGUUGCCUUCUCCGGUAGCUCAAUCUUACACCUUACAGAGCAGAAGAGGUUCAUCUCCCCCUGCAAAUGCCAUGAAUAGAGGGGUUGAGGAGUCUUGUUAUAGAUCAGGUCUAAGCACUUGUGCUGCACGGAAGAGAAGGCUAGCUUGUGGAAGUAGCUCUGUGAGUCAAGUGUCGAGACGAUUAGAUGGCGAAAGUUAUAGCCAAUGCUGCAGGGAAGGUAAAGAGAGAAAAGGAGGUCCAAAUCAGAUGGGUGAAAGAAACCUGAGGACACCAUCUCAGAAGAGAAUACAGCUUGAUGCCGGGACUGUGGGUUUGAUUCAGCAGAAGUUGGAAGAGAUCACUUCUCAAGAAGAAGAAGAUGAAGCCAUAAGAGGAAGUGCGUUUCCCAGUAAACCGGCCUCUUUGAUUCUCCAUGAGGUGCUUUCUUCACUAGCACACGAGCAGCCUUAUCCACGGAGGAAAGGCAAAACAGAGAAGUGGAGUGCUAUUGGAAAUGCAAACAGUGAGUACACAAGCCCUGGUUCUGUACUCGAUGCAUCUUUCUCUAACGAGAGUUGCUUUUCGAAUAGCUUUGAUAAUAUCUCAGUUCCAGGACAGAUGAGGCUACCUCUAGAGCCAGUAGAGCCCGAUUGGGACAUUCUUGAAGACUCGGCGACUUUGUUCAAGAACUCAACAAGUGGUGGUGGUAACUAUCAAGCGAUCACCAGUCUGGUCAGCCAUGUCUCUAACGUCCUGCGAGGUUUAAGCAACACAGGUCUCAUAUCAACACGACAGAGGUUCACCAACGCAAGAGAAGUCCUAAUCCACACCGAGCUAUUUACUACGCAAGACAACUACCUCAUCGGACCAGAUCUCUUCGACGAACUCAUGAUCUACGCAGCUCGUUCUGAUAAUCUGCUUAAUCUCCCUGGGAUAACCGGAGGUUUCCUCGUUGAUUCCAUGAUCGAACACUUGGAAGAAAGAAACAUCUCCUGCGGAUUAAUAAAGCCUUCGAGUGCUGAAGCAUCCGAGUUGAUUCGAGGUGUUCUUGGGGAAGUUCCAAAGUGGGCAGCACUGGCACGGGUUGAGUUGGAUGAAGUUAUCGGUAUUGAGAUGGAGAAAUGGAUGGAUGUUGAAACCCAUUUGUUUGGAGUUGGAUCAGAGAUUGCAUAUGAGAUCGUUAUGUGUCUGGUCGGAGAGUUAGUUACGGAUCUACUUUAGUAUUUGUGUAAUUCACUAUUCAAACGUUAUGGAAUCAUAUGAUCAAUGCUUUGUAAGAAUAUUAUCAAUCACCGAAUCAUAUCAUAAGAAAAAAAAGAUUAAAUC